AUGGUGUGCGCCGACCAGGAGACGGGCACGAUCUGUGCUAGAGCGGCCGCGAUGAAGGCUCCCCCGGAGGUGGCCACCACCUUGGCCUUGACCCCCUCUUCCUCGAUGCAGUUGGUGCACUUGGCUCCCAUCAAGGAAAUAAGGAGCGCCACAACCCCCAGGAUGAUGGCGACCACGAUCCUUGGCACUGCUUUGGGCAUCCUGGGAUGGAUCGGUGCCAUCAUUGUCUGCGCCCUUCCCAUGUGGAAAGUCACUGCUUUUAUCGGGAGCAACAUUGUGACUUCACAGACUUCUUGGGAGGGCAUCUGGAUGAGCUGUGUGGUGCAGAGCACGGGCCAGAUGCAGUGUAAGGUCUACGACUCCAUGCUGGCCCUCUCCUCUGACCUUCAGGCUGCGCGGGCCCUGACCGUCAUCUCGAUUGUCGUGGGUAUCAUGGCCAUCCUGCUCGCUGUAGCCGGGGGGAAGUGCACCAACUGUGUUCAGGACCCAUCAUCAAAAGUAAAGGUGGGCCUUGCGUCUGGGGUUGUGUUCAUCAUAGCUGCCGUCCUGUGCCUCGUCCCCGUCUGCUGGACAGCCCACUCCAUCAUAAGGGACUUCUACAGCCAAUUCACGGUCCAAGCGCAGAAGAGAGAGCUAGGUGCUGCGCUUUACAUCGGGUGGGGUGCAUCUGCUUUGAUGUUGAUUGGAGGGGCAAUGCUCUGCUCCAACUGUCCCCCUAAAGAGGAAGAUUCCUACACGGCGAAGUACAAAGCUCCCAGAUCUAACAUCUCAGCUGCUAGAUCUGACGCCUCCGCACCAAUAUCUGGCAAAGACUACAUCCUGGGCGUGCUGCUCUCCUUCGUCGGCUGGCUGGGCACCAUCAUCACCUGCGCCUUGCCUAUGUGGAGAGUCACCGCUUUUGUCGGGGCGAACAUCGUUACAGCCCAGGUGAUCUGGGAGGGUCUGUGGAUGACCUGCGUGGUCCAGAGCACGGGGCAAAUGCAGUGCAAGGUGUACGACUCCAUGCUAGCUCUGCCCCGAGACCUGCAGGCCGCCCGGGCCAUGGUGAUCAUCUCUGUGAUCGUGGGGGUAUUCGGCACGCUCAUGGCUGUCGUCGGAGGCAAGUGCACUAACUGCAUGGAGGACGAGGCGUCCAAAGCCAAAGCCUGCAUUGUGGCCGGAGUUAUUUUCAUCAUAACUGCCCUGCUCAUCCUGAUUCCGGUGUCGUGGUCAGCUCACGCGGUCAUCAGGGACUUUUACAAUCCCCUGGUGAUUGCCGCUCAGCGGCGGGAGCUCGGGGCUGCUCUCUACAUCGGUUGGGGCUCUGCUGGACUGCUGCUGCUGGGAGGAGGCCUGCUGUGCAACAACUGCCCACCCAAAGACAGCAGACCAUACAUACCGGCCAAGUUUGCCCCCGCAAGAACCACAUCUUCAAAUGUGGACUAUGUAUUUGUCCCCGAUGCAGGUGGUGCAUUUGCCUCCGACCACAGAGAGCAGCAGGCCAAACAGAGAGAAGAGGAUGGCGAUGACGAUCAUUGCUCGGGCUGCUUGGAGGUCCGGAGACAAGCAAGCAUGGUGGCUGCAGGACUUCAGAUUUGCGGCAUCUUCUUGGCCAGUGUUGGUUUUGUGGGCGCCAUCAUCGUCUGUGCCCUGCCGAUGUGGAAGGUGUCUGCUUUCAUCGGGAACAACAUUGUGACGGCGCAGAUCUUCUGGGAGGGCCUGUGGAUGAACUGCGUCAAGCAGAGCACUGGACAGAUGCAGUGCAAAGUCUACGACUCCAUGCUGGCCCUGCCGGAGGACCUCCAAGCAGCCCGGGCCCUGACCGUGAUCUCCAUCCUGGUUGCGUUCUUGGGGAUCCUGCUCGCCAUUGCGGGAGGAAAGUGCACCAACUGCAUCGAAGACGAGGCGUCCAAGAGCAAGGUGGCCAUUGCUGCAGGUGUGUUCUUUAUUGUUGGCGGAGUCCUGUGCCUCAUCCCCGUGUCCUGGUCGGCUCAUGAGGUCAUCAGGACCUUCAAUAGCCCCUUGAUGAUGGAUGCCCAGAAAAGGGAGCUGGGUGCAGCGCUGUUCAUUGGCUGGGGCUCGGCAGGCCUCCUGAUCAUCGGGGGCGCGAUCUUGUGCUGUCAGUGUCGGCAGAAUAAGGAUAGCCGAUAUUCCGUCAAAUACUCUGCUCCUCGCUCGACUGCCAGCACGGGAGCUUAUGUCACACCCUUUGUUGGAGCGAACAUCGUCACCGCUCAGGUCUUUUGGGAAGGUUUGUGGAUGAACUGCGUGAUCCAAAGCACGGGACAGUUGCAGUGCAAAGCCUACGACUCCCUUCUGGCCCUGUCACAGGACCUGCAGGGGUCUCGGGCCCUGGUCUGUGUCUCCAUCGUGGUCAGCGUGGUGGCCAUCGGACUCACCGUGGUCGGGGUCCGCUGCACCAAUUUCUUUGAUUACGACAGGCUGACUAAAACCAAUGUCGGUGUGUCUGGAGGAGUGGUUUUUAUACUCGCGGGGCUCCUGUGCAUCAUUCCUGUCAGCUGGUCAGCCCACACCAUCAUCACGGGAUUUAACAACCCGCAGGCCACAGAGGAGAGGAGGGGGGAGCUGGGAGCCUCCAUAUAUGUGGGCUGGGCGUCUGGGGCUCUGCUCAUCAUCGGAGGGGGGAUACUGUGCAGCUCCUACAGACAGAUCCUGGGUUUGGCUCUGGCCACCAUUGGAUUUCUUGGAAGCAUUGUCAUCUGCGGCCUCCCAAACUGGAAAGUCACAGCCUUCAUCGGAGCUAACAUCGUCACCUCUCAAGUGAUCUGGGAGGGCUUGUGGAUGAACUGCGUGACCCAGAGCACAGGCCAGAUGCAGUGCAAGGUCUAUGAUUCCCUGCUGGCCUUGCCCCAGGACCUGCAGGCCGCCAGAGCCCUGGUCAUCGUCGCCAUCAUCGCUGCGGUCUUCGGGAUUCUGCUGGGCGUGGUGGGAGGCAAGUGCACCAACUUUGUGGAUGACGAACGGCAAAAGAGCAAAAUAGCCAUCGCUUCUGGAGUUGUCUUCAUAAUUGCUGGUGUGUUGGUGCUCGUCCCCGUCUGCUGGACUGCCAACACCAUCAUCCGGGAUUUUUACAACCCAACCCUCACCAACGCUCAGAAGAGGGAGCUGGGAGCCUCUCUCUACAUCGGAUGGGCCUCUGCAGGGCUGCUGUUACUGGGUGGGGCCCUUCUCUGCAGCUCCUGCCCCCCCAGCGAUGAGAAUGACUAUGAUGUGAGGUACUCCAAGGCUCGCUCCGUGGAAAGCAGCAAGGCCUACGUUUAG